AUGGCACACCUGAAGGCAAGGCAAGGCGCCUCUCCCACAUCGGUUCUGCCAGGCACCACGCCGUCGCUGCGAAUAGCAGCCGCCGUGGGCUUCAAUCGCGCUGCUGCAGGCGUCAUGUCGGCGUAUCGCCUUCGAAGACGAUUCGGCGAGGCCAAUCAGGCAUUGCAUGCCAUUGGGGAGUUGGACGCUCGUCUUGCACCGAGGCAGGACGUGAGGACAGGGUAG